AUGUCAUCAGCAGUUGGUUCAAAUAAAGAGUGGAAACCAAAGGUGAUCAGCUCUAAUUUUGGGAAAGGUUCGGGAAUAGCUGGUGCAUCUGAUGUUCCUACUAGUUCAGUUGAAGCCAAUGCUCAUUCGCAGCCUGUUUUAAGAGUUCUCGACUCUGAAGAAGCAACUUCAAAAUUGCAGAAGAAGCUAGAGGAGUUGCAUCUAAGAUCUUAUAACAUGGUUGUUGUUGAAGCAAGUGAACAUCAACAACACAUUUUUAAUGGCAUUCUGACUGAGGAGGUGUAUAUGACACAACCUCCAAGUUAUGAACAGGGUGAUGUAAAUCUUGUGUGCAAGCUCAACAAGGCGAUUUAUGACCUGAAGCAGGCUCCUCAUGCCUGGUUUGAGAGACUUAGAGCGUAUUCGGUGUCUGAAAAGUUUCUUUUGGAAAAAUCUGAUUCUUCUCUCUUCGUUAGAAAAACUGCUAACAAUAUACUCUAUUUGUUAGUGUAUGUUGAUGACAUAAUUCUCACUGGGAGUAGUGAGAUUAAAGUUCAAACUAUUAUUGACAAGUUGAAUAAACAAUUUGCUUUGAAGGAUCUUGGAGUUCUCAGCUUCUUCUUGGGGAUAGAAGUGUGUCAUGACUCCAUAGGUAUUACCUUAACUCAACAGAAGUAUGUGCGUGAACUUUUACAAAUGAGUGGUCUUGAAGAUGCGAAAGGGAUUCAUACUCCCAUGGUGACUAAUAGAAAACUUUCUGUCAAAGAAUGCAUUCUACUUCUGGUUUUGUAUAUAUUUUGGGGGAACCUUAUUUCAUGGAGCUCUCAUAAGCAACAGGUUGUUGCUCGUUCUACUGCCGAGGCUGAGUAUCGCAGCGUUGUCUGUGCUACUGUUGAGUUGCAUGUGGAGCUCGACUUAUUCUUUGUUCGUGAGAUGGUUAUUGCUAGCAAGCUUCAAGUUCAAGAGGUGCCUACGUUUGAGCAGGUCGCUGAUGUAAUGACCAAACCAUUAUCUGCACCCUUGUUCCUUAUACAUCGACAUAAGUUACAGCUCACUCGGCUCAAGUGCAGGGAUGUUCAAUUUUUAGGGUCUCAAAGUAUGGAGAAUGUUGAAGAUUAG